UUAAGUUGGACGCACUGGCCUAUCAUAAAAGUCAUAAUUUUUUCCACAUCAUUUUUUCUGAGCCGUGUAAAUUGAUUAAAAAAAUUAACUUAAAAGGUCAUGUGGUAAAAAACUUGUUUAAAGAUAUCUAAAGGAGACAUUUAUUACGCUCUUGUACAACAGAGGCAAACCGCCAUUGACACAUAUCUAAUAAGUGCCGCCUUCAAACGGUAAAUUUAUAUUAAAAAUGUCAAGUGACGCACAGCCGCAGCAAGCUGCGCAAGGGAACGGCGCGGUUGCGCCUGCAGCCGAUGGUGUCGCCGACCCCAACAGCCCAGAUCAACAACAACAAGGUCAGCAGCAACCCCAACCAACAAAAAUGGAGUCGUUCUUUGCCAUGACGAAGUCACUGAUAUUGCGUGCACUUAUAAUAUACUUUAUAAGUUCGUUUUUUCGUCGUCCACAACCAAGCACUGAAGAUGCAAGUCAGCAAAAAUCUGUAAGUUCUGCUCCGCGUGUAAACGCUUGGAAUUAUUUCGAAAAUGGUACCCUCUUUGAUCUGCAUCUUUGGCUGUCGGAAAAUGCUGAUGAGGUAGAUUUCAACCAACAUUCGAAUUUAAUAUGGCUGCAAGAAGACCUCGUAUAUGGUGACUGGACAUCUGGGCCAAAACGCGAUGGCAUUUAUACACAUAAUUUAAAGCUGAAAGCAUCAAAGUCCUUGAUGAACAACGGUAGCAUCUAUCUGCAUGCUUUUGUCACACAUGCUGGUGAGAGUCCCAAUCCAAAUGCACCAAAUUAUGCUAAACGUGGUAUGAUGGGACAUCAGCAACGUAUUCUAAAUAAAUUUAAGCGCAUACGUGUUAAUCGAAACUAUAAUCUGCUUGCUGGUGAGAAAGAGAAAUUGGCUAUGGAGUUGGAACAUGCUAAUAUUAAGGAUACCAUCACCUCUCACUGGCAUCCAAAUUUGACAAUCAAUUUGGUGGUGGAUCAAACGAAUUGGGCAGCAGGUAGCGUACCACCUCCGCUGGAUGAAUACGUCAAAUUCGUGGAUGGAGGCAGAACGUACUUGCCGAUUGUAUUUAUUAAUGAUUAUUGGAAUUUGCAGCGCGAAUAUUUUCCUAUUAAUGAAACGACACCAGAAUUAGAUUUGCAUUUAACUUUCCAACCCUUGAGCAUGUUCAAAUGGCAAUUAUAUGCAGCGCAACAAAUGAAGAACAAAUGGGGUGGCAAUAUGCUUGGCGAAUUAAUGGCGUCCGGUGGGCCAGAGGAGUCGGAUGAGGAUCAAGAUUCUUUGAAGGAGACGCUGCUUGAUACAAAUAUCUAUUUGCUUGGACUUACCAUCGCUAUAUCUAUACUGCAUUCGGUAUUCGAACUGCUAGCCUUCAAAAACGAUAUACAGUUUUGGAACAAUCGCAAAUCUCUCGAAGGUCUCUCUGUGCGUUCGGUAUUUUUCGGAGUGUUUCAGUCGUUAAUCGUACUGCUAUACGUGCUCGACAAUGAGACCAACUUUAUGAUACGUGUUUCAUGCUUCAUUGGAUUAGGCAUCGAAAUUUGGAAGAUUCACAAGGUAGUCGAUAUUGACUAUAACACAGAUCAGAAAAUUUUUGGUAUAUUUCCAAAAAUAAGUUUCCAAGAUAAGGGCUCUUACGCGGAUAGCAACACAAAAGAAUAUGACAAUCUAGCGUUUAAAUACUUAGGAUGGGCUUGCUUCCCACUACUGAUAGGCUAUUUCGUGUACUCGUUAGUGUAUAACGAGCACAAAGGAUGGUAUUCGUUUGUGCUGAAUAUGCUGUACGGUUACCUGCUGACAUUCGGCUUCAUUAUGAUGACGCCACAAUUGUUUAUCAACUAUAAACUGAAGUCAGUGGCGCAUUUACCCUGGCGUAUGAUGACUUACAAAUUCCUAAAUACAUUCAUAGAUGACAUAUUUGCCUUUGUGAUCAAAAUGCCCACCAUGUAUAGGUUGGGUUGUUUCCGUGACGACAUUAUCUUCUUCGUAUUCCUGUAUCAACGUUGGCAAUAUCGCGUUGACUACAAACGCGUGAAUGAAUUUGGUUUCUCAGGCGAGAUGGAAGAAGAAGCUUCUAAAAAGAGACUGGAAGCUGCUGCGCCCGCGUCACUGCAGAAGGAGGCGAAGCCAGCUAUCGAAGAUAAACCGAAAUCAGCUGCCGAAAAGAAGGAGGAGUAAGUAUUUUUCGCGUAUGUAGAUGUUAGUUUUCAAUUUCCACCCCAAAAAUGUGGAUAUUUCAUGUAUGAAUGAGAAUUUCUGUGAAAAGGGCAUCGUUUUGUUUAUGCCCUCUGGAUCCUUCACUUCCUAUACGUUAGUAAAUUGAGUUAGAUAAUCUAUUUACGUAAUUUAAGUUGCUAUUUGACAAUUGUACAUUGAGAAUUCAAAAAGCAUAAAAUUAAAUUCUUUUAAUAAAGACAUACAUAUGUAUUGUGAAUAACAGUGUUCCCCACUAGUUA